AUGGAUAAAAAAAACAAGAAGCUGGAUAGGGCAAAUACUAGCGAGAAAUAUCUAUCCCGCAAUGGUGUAGGUCGUCCGACUUACCGUGGCGGCGGGCGGCGGGACGAAGUUCUUCAGAACCGUUUUCAGAUGAGCUUCUUUUAUACUGAACUGUUGGACAAUAUUCUGGGGCCAGCCUAUUGGCCUAAUGACGAGACAAUUUACCUGGAAAUGAAAGGAACUAGACUAACUCCCUGA